AUGGCUGACGAGGGUCUCGCUGAACAUUACCAGGUCUUGGAGGAGCUGGGCCGUGGGAGUUUUGGGGUUGUGUACAAGGGAAUUGAGAAGGCCACUGGCGAGAUUGUCGCUAUCAAACAUAUCGACCUCGAAUCCAGCGAAGACGAUAUCCAAGAGAUUCAAGGAGAAAUUGCUGUCCUCAGCACCUGCGCCAGCUCCUUCGUCACACAAUACAAGGGCAGUUUUCUCAGAGGACACAAGCUAUGGAUUGUCAUGGAAUACCUGGGUGGAGGUUCUUGUCUAGACCUGCUAAAACCCGAUAACUUCCCCGAAACCCACAUCGCCGUCAUCUGCCGAGAGCUUCUCCGAGGACUCGAGUACUUGCAUUCGGAGGGGAAGAUUCACCGGGACAUCAAAGCCGCCAACGUCCUAUUGUCCGAGACGGGGAAAGUCAAGCUGGCUGACUUCGGCGUUGCCGCUCAGUUGACCAACAUCAAGUCUCAACGCAAUACAUUUGUGGGAACCCCUUUCUGGAUGGCACCCGAGGUUAUCCAACAAGAUGGCUAUGGGUUCAAGGCGGACAUAUGGUCCCUGGGCAUCACCGCCAUGGAGCUAGCCAACGGCGAGCCUCCUCUGGCCCAUAUCCACCCCAUGAAAGUUCUCUUCCACAUCCCUAAGAAUUCUCCUCCCCGGCUAGAGGGCAACUUCAGCAGGGACUUCAAGGACUUUGUUGCACAGUGCCUUGUCAAGGACACAGAACGUCGGCCGUCUGCCAAGGACCUCCUGAAGCAUCGCUUCAUCCGGUCCGCCGGCAAGGUGGAAGCCCUUCAGGAACUUAUCCAGCGCAAACAGAUGUGGCAUGCCAACCAGGAGCGCAAAUCUCAUCCCGUAUUCUACCAAGAGACUCUCCAUACCAUCUCGCCGAAGGACGAGGCCGACGAAUGGGUGUUCGACACGGUCAAGUCGGUCGUUCCCAAGAGACCAACGGUCAGAUCUCGCAAGCCUUCGUCGAUCUUUUCGACCGAGGAGGCGCUGCGCAAGCUGGAACUCAAGGACGCGCCAUUAGGAUCAGCCUCUCCGGCGCCACGGACUAUGCGCCGAACAACAAGUCGCCGACAGCCAUCCAUCACGCAGGCCCAGGCAAACGGAUCGCCCCGCCCGACAGUGGCACGACGCCCGCUACAACCAGACAUGUCCUACGGCAACUCCGGGUCAACCAUGCGGCUCUUCCGCCGGGUGCCGUCCGACAGCUCCACCUCCGGACAGAUCGGCUACGGCGACACCGGCGACAAAGCCCCGAACAACGAGAACCGCCCUCCCAGCAUUGCGGCUCCGGCAGAGCCGACCAGCAAGGAAGCCCUGCUGGGACGACGCCUCUUCAACAAAGCCCUCGAUCCGACCCUCUCCGAACUACACGCCCAGACUUCCGCCAUGCCAAAACGAGAGGCUCUGGCCAAGCUUGCCGAUGCUUUCUCCAGCCUGGACGCCGUCGAUCCUGAAGGGGCCUACCACCUGCUCCGGAACCUGAUGACGGCCGUGUCCCAGGACGCGAAGUUGAGCAACGCCUUUAUGCCCCAGCAGUCCGUCAAGCUGCCGCCCUCGGACGGAACGCCGCAGGGCACCGUGAUCAUCAACCGUGCCGUGACGCCGUCCUCGGGCAGCCCUACCAAGCUCGUCCUGGCGCCCAACAACCCCCACCUGAGGAACCACAAGAAGCGCAACGCCGACCUCGGGACGCCCGAUUCGGCGACGGCGGCGGGGAAAGAUCCGGAGAAGAUGGCGCUCGAGGCCAAGUUCCCGGGACGCGAGGGAGGUCCCGGGAUGGAGCACUGCAAGCAGUUGUCGGACGUAUUGUACCAUCGCUGGGUGGAUGGUCUUCGGCUACGAUGGCCUGCUGUAUGA